AUGUCUGUCCCAAGAGCAAAACCUUGGGAAGUAUCGCUGGGAACAUCUGCUGCAGCUGCCUCAGGAGAAACACAAAUAAUGGACGAUAUACUAAAUAAUGCUCCUGCAGCGACCACCAGUACAGCCCUACCGCCGAAACCAGAUUCUCUAGGACAACUGGCAAUAACGAAUAAUGGAGGUAUGGAAGGUGAUAUUGGAGGUAACCCUUACGGAAGUGCUUUUGGCUCACGAUAUGGUCUGAUGUACGGCUCGAGCUUGGGUGGAUAUGGAGGAUACGGAGGAUAUGGGGGUAUGGGUAUGGGUAUGGGCCUUGGAGGUCUUGGAAGUUAUGGAGGAUAUGGAGGAUACGGGAUGAUGAAUGGGAUGGGGAUGGCGGGGAUGGCCAAUGGCGGGAUGGGAGGAUUAGCCGCAAGUACCCAAGCGACAUUCCAAUUAAUUGAGAGUUUGAUUGGGGCCGUAGGAGGGUUUGCUCAGAUGUUGGAGGCGACGUAUAUGGCGACCCAAUCGUCAUUUUUCACCAUGAUGUCGGUGGGAGAGCAGAUGGGGAAUCUUCGAAAUGCGUUGGGGUCAGUGUUUGGGAUAUUCACCAUUAUCAAGUAUAUCAAAAAACUAUUACACAAAAUCACCGGUCUAAGAAUAUUCAAGGAAAAAGUCAACUUUAGCACCGAGGAGUUCCAUGAAUUCAGCAGUGGCCCAAAUAAAAAGAAACCACGGAUUUCUUUGAAGCCGUUAUUGAUCUUUGUGGCUGCGGUCUUCGGUAUCCCAUAUUUAUUGAAUAAGCUUGUCAAAGCUCUAGCACAACAACAUCAAAUGCGUAACCAGCGAUUCAAUGGCGGUAUGCCAGGGGGAUUUAUUGGUAAUGGAGAACCACUUGAUCCAAAAAGUAUCGAAUUUUGCAGAGCGUUGUAUGAUUUUAACCCAGAAGAUCCAAAUAUCGAGUUAGCAAUGAAACAAGGAGGACUUUAUGCGGUGUUGUCAAAGAACGAUCCAUUUGGAAAGCCUUCUCAGUGGUGGAAGUGCCGCUCUCGUGAUGGUAAAGUUGGUUAUGUUCCUUACAAUUAUUUAGAAGUUAUACAAAGAUCAGCUCUUCAAGAAAAAGUGGCAACCCAGAAUCUCGAGACUGUGAAUUCUAGCCCUCAUGAUAUUAAGAAUUAG